UUCGCACGUUCAACGCCUCGCUUACAGCUUCAUUGUCAAUCACCGCGUCGGAUGGCAUGAGAUGGGGUUGGAUAUUGAAUUGGUUUCCUGCAAGGACAGUAUACCUGUCAUCACUCUGGGCGUUCUCAUGUCCAAGUUCACACUACAGUCGCCGGGUCUUCGCAGUCGGAGACAAGGACCUCGGGCAAAAAAUCCCUACCCAUUUCUCCGAGGGGAGAUAAGUGGGGAGCUAACGACCCUUGACAUGGCCUUUAACCUUCGUUCCGACGUCAUGCAGUUGUAGUCGGUGGAUCGUUCGAUUUGUAGUCUGACUAUUAAAUCACUGACGGUGCCUCGUUAGCUGGCGAGCUGUUCCCCACGCCCUUUUUUGUUCUUCCCUUCUUCUUCCCCUCUUUUCCCCCAUCUCCUCCGCUUUUCCUACUCAACUCUACUCCACCGUUGCCUGUCCCAGCAUCCCUUUGCGAUAUCUGAGACGUCAGAUUGUGAACGUCGUAGACCUUCUUUCUCGGAAACAUCACUCGGAACGCGGCGGGCUUUGGACCACAUUCAAUUGAACAAUUCAGGUGCAAUUGAGUCUAUUGCGAUCACAAAAACAUGUCUGCCUCGGCGCUGUUGAAAAGCAGGGUGCGGCGUCCAAGCUACCUGAACAAGCUCGCAAAAGCAGAGGAUCUACUCCACCACUUUCCGAAUGGAGCAUACAUUGGAUGGAGUGGCUUCACGGGUGUCGGGUACCCAAAGAAGAUCCCGACCGCGCUCGCGGACCACGUCGAGAAGAACAAUCUGCAGGGCAAGAUGAAGUACAACCUGUUCGUGGGUGCGUCGUCCGGAGCAGAGACCGAGAACCGAUGGGCAAGACUCAACAUGAUCGAGCGGAGGAGUCCGCAUCAAGAAAUUGCAAAGGGCAUCAACAAUGGCCAGAUCAACUUCUUCGACAAGCAUCUCAGCAUGUUUCCUGUCGAUUUGAUGUACGGCUUCUACACCCUCCAAAAGCCCAAGAACCGGUUGGAUGUCACAAUUGUUGAAGCGUCUGCCAUCACCGAAGACGGAGGCAUCAUUCCCGGAGCCUCAGUCGGCGCCUCCCCCGAGCUCAUCCAGAUGGCCGACAAGAUCAUCAUCGAAGUCAACACAGCCUCGCCGUCUUUCGAAGGUCUCCACGACAUCACCAUGACCGAUCUCCCGCCUCGCCGCAAGCCAUACCUCAUCAUGAGCCCCAAUGACCGCAUCGGUACACCCCACAUCCCAAUCGACCCCGAAAAAGUCGUGGCAAUCGUCGAGAGCGACUAUGCCGACCAGACGCAGCCAAACGCCCCCGAGGACGACUGCAGCAGAGCAAUUGCCAGCAACCUAAUCGAAUUCCUGAAACACGAAGUCAAGCACGGCCGGCUUCCAGAGAACCUGCUCCCCCUCCAAAGCGGCAUCGGCAACAUCGCCAACGCCGUCGUAGGCGGCCUCGCCUCCGGCGGCGCAAACUUCAAAAACCUCCAAGUCUGGACAGAAGUCCUCCAAGAUUCCUUCCUCGACCUCUUCGACUCGGGCAACCUCGACUUCGCAACCGCAACCUCGAUCCGCUUCUCCCCGGACGGCUUCCAACGCUUCUACAAGAACUGGGACCACUACGCGCCCAAGCUGCUCCUGCGCUCGCAGCAGGUCUCGAAUUCCCCCGAAAUCAUCCGCAGGCUCGGCGUCAUCGGCAUGAACACCCCCGUCGAGGUCGACAUCUACGCCCACGCAAACUCCACGUGCGUCAUGGGCUCGCGCAUGCUCAACGGACUAGGCGGGUCGGCCGAUUUCCUGCGCUCCGCGAAGUACAGCAUCAUGCAUACGCCGUCGACGAGGCCGACUAAGACGGAUCCCACGGGCGUGAGUUGCAUUGUGCCCAUGUGCACGCAUGUCGAUCAGACGGAGCAUGAUCUCGAUGUUGUGGUUACUGAGCAGGGGCUUGCGGAUGUGCGGGGGUUGAGUCCGCGCGAGCGCGCCAGAGUUAUUAUCGAGAAGUGCGCGCAUCCGGAUUAUGUGCCUAUUCUGAGGGAUUACUUUGACAAGGCCGAGUUUGAGUGCUUGAGGAAAGGGUGGGGUCAUGAACCGCAUUUGCUGUGGAAUUCGUUUGAUAUGCAUAAGCAUCUGCAUGAGAAGGGGACUAUGAAGUUGCCAAAGUGGGAUUAUAAGAGCUUGGUCGAUGAUGACGCCGCGGGUCCCAAGAGUAAGUUGUAG